AUGCUCAUAAGCAGAGCUUUUUCUUUUGCCAGGAUUUCUCAGUCAAUUGUAAAUCUAACACAGCCUCUUCGCCAAGAAGUCCUAAAAGUUUCUGAAAAAGCCAACAAAAAAAUAGCAUUUCGAGGUAUUUUCUAUCCAGAACUCUCUUUAUUCGGAAAAAUAAAUCAUCUUCUAUGGACACACAAGAAGAAAAACAUAUUUUUCGUAUUUCUUUUAUCAAUUGAUUUUUAUUUCGACUUCCACACACGAGUCUACAAAUGAGCCACAAGGGAAACUCCAAUGGAAAGGAUUAGAAAAAUUCUUCUCAAGAAAAAGAUUUAUCGAUUCCAUGCUAACUGUGUAGAACCAGAGACCUCCUUACCUAAAGACCUUCAGCAACGAAUGAUUGAUCACUUCAUUACAAAAGAAUCAGGGCUGCUUAGAGGGUAUCCUAGAUAUCCUUUAUUAGAAAUUGCAUUUGAAGAAAAAUGAUUUGAUGAAAAAGAUAAAUGGGCCAGCACUUUUUAUCACAAUUCUGGGUUCAGAAGAUUUGUAAAUAAUAAUUAGAAAAGCCAGAAGAACUCUAAUAUGACGCUAAAAGAGUUUUUAAGCUUUUUUGAGCAUGUUAAAGAAAAAAAUCCGGAAAUUAGCUUGCUCUAGCCAAUUUUUAUUAAUUUUUUUUUUAAAAAAUAUUUUUUUUUAAAUUUGGCUUUAUUUAAUGGGAAGAGCUAGAAGAUUGCUUUAGAGUUUACCAGGAAAAAGCUGAAGAAAGGAUUAAAGCUGUAAAACAAAAUUAGGCUCACGAAAGAGGCGAUACUUGGCUAAAAAAAUUAAAUAAAAGAAGACAAGAAGACAUAGAAAAAUUAAAAGGAAAUUUAGGACUCAAAGCGCAAUAA